CCUACGUUCUUAUUGUACAUUUUCCGUUUAGCGGACCUGAGAAGAUAACCUGUUAGUGAUGUUUGGUGCUGCUGUGCCGACACACACAGUCUCUUUGUUGAUUUUUACUGGGGGGAUUUAUUGAACAGUUUUACUUACUUAUUGACACUGCAAAAGAGGAGGGAACCAUGAACAGUCCGGUAGAAACAGAGGACGACCAAUACAGUCCAAUACAUCUCACUGGGCUCGGAAUAUGUUGCCCCCUCAGUCCCAAACAGAACCACGAUGGGCCUGGUCUGGAGAGCCCACAGCAGUACACCAAAUGGCUCCCCAGCCGCCACGAGGCCAGCCUGCUGCCCAUGAGAGAGGACCUGGCUCUCUGGCUCAACAUAUUUCUAGACUCUGGGGUCACGGCUGACAGCCUGAUGGACAGGCUGGAUAAUGGGGUUCUGCUGUGCCAGCUGGCCGAGGAGCUACAGGAGAGGAUGAUCCAAGCCAGCAAUGGCAAGCCCUUCGUCCGCAGGGGGAUUAAUUGGCGAGCUGAUGCUGCUUCUGGCUCUUUCUUUGCCCGGGACAACGCUGCCAACUUCCUCUACUGGUGUCGGAAGAUUGGUGUGGAUGAGACCUACCUGUUUGAGUCUGAAGGUUUGGUGCUCCACAAACAGCCUCGGGAGGUGUGUCUCUGUCUUAUGGAGCUGGGAAGGAUUUCAGCCAGGUAUGGUGUGGAGCCCCCAGGGUUGGUGAAGCUGGAGAGAGAGAUAGAGAGGGAGGAGGGAGGGUCUCUCACCCCAUCGUCACCUCUGACCUUCCCCUCACCCACAACUCUUCCCUUAAUCUUACCGUUGAUCCGUGCUCCUACACCCCCUGCUUCUGUAACCCCACCUCCCAGUCCAAGCCCACCCCCUUCCCCAGCCCCAAUAGACCCUACACCUGCAACUUCCAUCUCAUCCUCGUCAACCACCACUAGCACAACUUCCACUCAAACCUCAUCUGUUAUCACUGUCACAACCUCCACUCAGACACCUCCCACAACACCAACCACAGAUCCUAUCUCAGCCCUGAGCCUUACAGAGACCCCUGUCUCCCCAUCUCCACAUCCUCCACCACUGCCGUCACCUCCAUCACAACCCUCACCCUCCCCCUCACCUAAGCCCAAGGCGCGUCGUCCAAGCAAAUCAUCUGCUAAGAAGACUCCAAGCACAUGCGACUUGUUGGAUGACAUUGUGAGAAACAUUAUCGAGGACUCGCCAUGCAGCUGCCCAACUAAGUUCCCUGUGGAGAAGCAUCCCAAAGGAUGCUACCGUGUCGGGGAGAAGGUCCUCUACGUACGAAUGCUGAAUGAGCGUCAUGUGAUGGUGCGCAUCGGGGGAGGCUGGGAGACCUUGGGAUGUUACCUGCUGAAGCAUGACCCCUGCCGGAGUCCACCGGUCACCCCGGUCAGGACCUGUUGGGCCAAAGGCAAGUCCCCCAACAUGAAGGACCUCUUACCACUGUCACCAGACAGCUACAUGGUGGUGGGGGCACACUCCCGUGCCAAGAAAUAAAACAGGAAUCUGUUCAACCAUAACAGAUAACUGACACCACAACCUA